AUGGUGACUAACUGUGACUUGAAAACAAUUUACAUUGAUGAUUUAGUAGAUUGGAUCAAGAUACCUUCUGAUUGGAUUAACGCUUAUAGCCCGGUACUAGCAAUAAAUCCCCGGUGGGGUGAAGAUGUGGAGAAUCCUGGCGAGAAGAACGUAGAACUUGUGGCCAAGAUGAACUAA